CAGCAGCUCAGUAACUCAGAAGAAGCAUGACCUCGAUCCGCAGUACGCUGGCCGUCGCCCUCCUGGCGCUCGUGGCGCUGCAGGCCGCCCCUGCCUGCGCCGCCAACUGCACGAGCGACGAGCAGACCACCGUGGACAACGUGUACGCCGACCUGGCCAACAGCACGGCGUGCGCGGACCUCAUCGCCGACACGGACGCGUCGUCGCUCGACUACUGCAUGAACAGCGACUGCCUCUCGACGCUCAGCGACGCCGUGGACGAGCUGCCGGACUGCACGGGCGAGGACGAGAUCGACCGCAAGAGCGGCCUGCAGGCCAUCGUCACGUACUGCGCCAACGUGACGGCCGUGAUGGACCAGUCGGCCUCGGCCUCGGGCAGCGCCACGGGCAGCGGCUCGGUCGUGUCGGCCGCCUCGCGGGGCUCCGUGCCCGCGGCCGCUCUGUCGAUCGCGCUCGCGCUCGCCUUCGUCGCCGGACUCGUUUAGAGGGAGUAAUAGGACCUGCAUCAAGGAGCGAGCGAGCGGACGACGACCCAAUGUGG